GAGAGGAGUAAUUAGUGAACGAAGGAUUGGUAAUGGGAAAACGGGUAAUCUGUAGUGUCCUGUACCGAUGUAACAUAGGCAAUAGGCCUUGUGGGGCGGAUCCUCAACAGUGAUCUUGGGUCAGCAUUAAUGAGGAACGAGGCAAUUAUGCCUCCUCCUCCCACAACAUCUUUGUCCUGAAACUCAUCAUAACGCCUCGAGCCAGCAACGUUGGGCUCCCAUAUCUUCUCAUCUCUCUCAGCCUCGAACUCAAGUCGUGAGAAGAAACCCGACAUCGCCAGAACCGUCAGACACCCACCUCUCGCCCGCAAUGCCCAUCUACUGCAUCACCGGCGCCAACCGGGGCCUGGGGCUCGAGUUCGUCCGGCAGCUCGCGUCCUCGCCCGAGAACACGGUCCUCGCCACCAGCCGGUCCGUCUCGCCCGCCGACCUGGGCGACCUCAGAUCGGCGGCGUCGGCGACGACGCACAUCCUCGAGUGCGACGUCGGCUCCCUCGAGUCGAUCGGCUCGUUCGCGCGGGAGGCGGCCCGCAUCCUGGACGGGCGCAAGGUGGACUUCCUCGUCAACAACGCGGGCGUCAACCUGCAGUCGUCGCGGAGCAGCCUGGAGAUCGACCCGGAGACCCUGUACGACCAGGUGCGCAUCAACGUCGUCGGGCCCGCCAAGAUCGUCGAGUCGUUCGCGGGCGCGGGCAUGCUCUCCGCCGACGUCAGGGUCGUCAACUUGACGUCGGGGCUGGCGAGCAUGGGCGUCAGCUUGGGCAUCAGCCCGCGAAAGUGCGCCGCCUACAGCAUCUCCAAGGCCGGGCUGAACAUGCUCACCGUGCACCAGAGCGGGGACCUGAGGACGAAGUUCCCCGGCGCCGUGGCGAUCGUGAUCGAUCCCGGUUGGGUGAAGACAAGGCUGGGCGGGGAAGGGGCCAUCCUGGAGCCCGAGGUGAGCAUUGGGGGCAUGUUGAAGGUCAUCCACGGACUGGGUAAGGAUGACAAUGGGAAAUUUUUCUCCUACCAGGGGGAUGAGAUCCCUUGGUGAAGGGUGCUGGAAGGGUGCUGGAAAGGGUAUCAUCUCGGGAGCCGGCUAGCGAAAUUCAAGUUGCCUGAUAUUUCUCCCUUAUGCAUCUUAUCCAUGAUUGACGUGUUCGGAGAGAUCUGUGAAGUUGUGGCACAACGGCGUAACUGAAUGCCCUUAUGCCCUUACACGUCAGGCUUCCUUGGUCCAGUGGCCGAAACUAGCUUUUCGUCUUCUUAGAACCGUUGCGUCCAGUCCAGCCGCGAUUAGAUUCUCCAAGUCUCUCUCUCUACGUUUUGCGAGGGUUGGAUGAGGUAGCACCCAAAACUCCAUC